AAACUCAUAGCUCAUGCACACACACAAAAUAUUAUUUAUUUUCAGCCAUGUUGUAAACCAAUCAUAAUAACGCCAUAAAAUGUGGAUCAUUUUUAGUGCAGUUUGCGUACAAAUAGUGUUUCUCCUUUCGGUAUUUGACAUUCAUUUUCAUUCACCGAUCGUGAAGGGAAUGUCUCCAUCUGCCAACCCUAUUCCGGCGCCGGCAAAACGAUUGGUACUUUUCUCAGCGGACGGAUUGAGAUUUGAUACUUUUCUCAGCCAUGGAAAUGAUCGAGAACCUAAUGCCAAAUUUCUGAGAUCGGUAGCAAGCAGUCGAGGAAAAUGGGGAUUGUCAAGUACUAGGGUUCCAACUGAGUCCCGUCCAGGACAUGUAGCAAUGAUUGCUGGACUCUAUGAGGAUCCAUCUGCCGUAUUCAGAGGCUGGAAAGAAAACCCAGUGGAAUUUGACUCAGUUUUCAAUCAGAGCAGUUACACAAUUAGCUGGGGUAGCCCAGACAUUCUUUCAAUGUUCGCAAAAGGAACAAAAGGGAAUGUGAUCACUCACACAUAUUCUUCAGAAAGUGAGCAGUUCACUGGACACGAUGCUUACAAACUUGACGAAUGGGUGUUUGAACAUUUCGAACGAUAUCUACAAAUGGCUCCACAUAAUACCACGAUCUCCAACAUGUUGCAACAGCAGCAGUUGAUAUUUUUUGUGCACCUUUUGGGAUUAGAUACUAAUGGUCAUACCAAUAAGCCCCACUCUACUUUAUAUACCGAUAACCUUCGGUAUGUGGAUCAGGGGAUCGCUAAAAUUGAAAGUUUGAUCAACGGCUAUUUCAAGGAUAAUAAAACGGCCUUUAUUUUUACUGCCGAUCACGGAAUGACUGACUGGGGUUCUCAUGGAGCGGGUCAUCCAACGGAAACACAGACCCCUAUCGUUUGCUGGGGUGCGGGAAUCAACACGGACAAUAUUGAUCCUUUGCAUUGGGAGAACAACAGGGACGAUAUGGAACAAGCUGAUAUUGCUCCUCUUAUGGCCGCUCUGUUGGGGAUUAAUUUCCCGGUGAAUUCAGUGGGAAAAUUACCUCUAGCUUAUUUAGCCAAUGAGAUGCUAUGGAAAUCUCACUCUGCAUUGACCAAUGCCAGACAAUUGACGAGAUCGUUCCAAUCCCUAUCUCAACGCCAGCAAAAUCAAAGUCUUUCGUGGCGAUUCCGGCCGUUCUGGCCAUUGGAAUCGAAUCAAGUAACUAUGCAUAACCUUCAGCAGAUAGAGAAUUCAAUUCGUUCUGGAUACUACAAUGAAUCGAUCCAGCAGAGCAUUGAUUUGAUGGACCUCUACCUUCAAGGGAUGGACUACUUUUAUCGUUACGACGAAUUUCAACUGAAAAUGUGCAUUACGCUAGCCUACAUCGGAUGGGCGGCCAUCCUUGUCGUCUUCCUCAUUCAAGAGCGGAUGCCAGUAUCGAAGAAAAAAUGUGCCAAACAGUUUGGAUUGAUCGAUCAGAUCGCAUUCGGCAUAUCCGUCUUUAUCUUUAUCGUUUUGACAGUGGAAGGAGCCCCUUUUCUUUACUAUGCCUAUCAUCUACUGCCUUUGGUGUUGUGGUGGUAUUGUUUACGGCAAUCGCGUCAAAUGCUACGCCAAACUGUCCGUCUAGUCCGCAUCCGCCAUUUUAUAUGGACCAUCUUCCUCCUUGGAGGACUCGAGUUUCUAGUGGCAGGAUUUUUUCAACGAUGGUUCCUCUCUGUCGGACUCAUUUUUUUAUCUCUUUGGCCACAUUGGGACCAGCGAUCAUCCAGCCGUUGGCGACAUCACGAAAUGUUCAAGAGCUUAUGGAUGUUUAUAUUUCUCAUUUUAGCCAUGUUUCCUGUUUUUCCCCCCGUAGGGAAACAUUCCUUUCCCAUUCUUGUGGACAUUGGAGGAAUGCUGUUGACGGUGGUGGCAUUUUGGAGCUCGUUGGUCAUGCACCACGAUCGCGAUCGUACAGUUCUGGUUUGCUACACGAUAGCCAUACCAAUCACGCUCUAUGUCCGUCAUAGCGUUAGUGACAGUCUCGUUCAAGGACAAGGACUUCCUAUUUUGGAACAAGUUCUUUCUUGGCUUCUUCUUGGUUUACCCCUGACAUUACCUGUCAUAGGUCCGUCUUUAUUAUGGCCACGUUUGAUCGGGAUUGUCAUCACUUUGACGCCGUCCUUUCUUUUGUUAAGUUUGUCUUAUGAAGGCAUCUUCUUUGCCAUUCUAGUCGUUGCAUUGGCCGUUUGGAUCCGGUUGGAGGGGGUGAUUCCACCAUCUGAUUCCUUUUGGACGCAACUACGCCGAUCCUAUUUCUUCCUCUUUUUGACCUUAUUAUCUUUCUUCGGACUGGGAAAUCUGGCCAGUCUGAACAGUUUCGACCCGAGUAGUGUCCGUUGUUUUGUCACCACCUUCUCUCCAUUCACCAUGGCCGGUCUCCUCCUGUGGAAGAUUACCGUUCCAUUCAUCGCCGUCUCGUCGGCUCUUUGGGCCAUUACGGUCCAGCACCAAUUGUCGAUGAAAAGUGUUUACCUGAUGAUUUUGCUACUGUCGGGUGUCAUGGCAGUCCAAUUCUUCCACUGGGUGACUUCACGUGGCAGUUGGCUGGACAUUGGCACCUCCCUCUCUCAUUAUGUCAUCGUCCAGUCUACCGUUCUCUUUGUCAUGCUUUUACGUUCCGUCGUCCAGUUCCUGACACACGGACCGAUUUACUUUCACGUCGGACCGACGGCCAGCAAGUACGACAAAGACUGAAUGGAACUUGCAAGGCCGACACAAUACCAAGAAGAAAGGAAUUAAACCCAGCCCAUUUUCAAGGUUCUACUAAUUCCCUCCUUUUCGUUUAAUAUUCUGAAAUUCGCACACAACAAUAACAAGAAGAAAUACAAAUGCCGAUCGAUGCCGUACGUGUCUAAUGAA